AUGAAGACUGACAAUUACCUCACUCUCUGCCUCGAGCAGGCUUCCAAAUCUUCUCUCCGCUACCGCCACGGCUGCAUUGUCGUUCGCGGUGGGAAAGUUAUUGGCCAAGGUUACAAUGACUAUCGCUCCGGAUUCAAUGGCGGUGCUCUCAAGACUGGCCGUCUCGCAUCUGGUGCAGCCGAUGGAGCUGCCAUUGCUGAGUUGAAGCGAAAGCAGAAGCAGAAGCAGAAGCAGAAGCCUAAGAGCGAGAGUGAGUCUAGGGAUAUCCAGGAUACGAAGCCUUUCACACCGUUUGAGGGUAUGGGUGGAGGCAGUCACGCCAACACGCCGCUGUCCAUGCACUCUGAGAUGAUGGCGAUUCACUCUGCCCUCUCGUCUUCUAGCACCAUGGCCUCCAGCGCUCUGUCGUCUCAAAAACCGUGCUUUAAACUAUCGGGUGAUUCUAAACGAAAAGCCCGACUACGAAAGGACGGCCUCAAAGCGUACGUCGAGCGGGUGUGCCUCAACGCACUCAACCAGUCGGCCACGGAGCUGCGCCGCGGCGAGGCACAGGCCAAAACGGACAAGGCGGGUUCGGACAACGUGAAAGAAAGAGACGUGGCCUUGUCCAACAAGAAAAGUGCGGAGAAACACCGCCUGAAGAAUCUGAAGAAUGGUCAACAGGGGAAUCAGUAUCAGUACGACCGUUCUGGACAACAGAAACAACUGCGACAGCAGUCCCUACAUAAGCUUGAGUCGUCAUCCUUGACUUCCGAUGUUACUGGUUCCGGUUCUGUUUCUCCCGAUAUCUCGACUACAUUUGAUACUAGCAUCCCUAUUAAGAACGCUCCAGACAAGAACCCCGCGACGACCCAGACAUCUCUACUUCCAAAAGGCCGCACCGGACAGAUAUCUCGCAGUGUGACAGAUCGCAUGAAGCACCCACGAUUGAAUGGAGCUGAUAUAUAUGUUGCUCGGCUUGGCUGGAAGGCCGAUCGUAGAGCCCCCGAGUCGACGAUGUCGCCGGUCUUGCCACCAAACUCCGAGAUCAUGGCCGAAUGCAGUGACUGUAGCUCAGAUGACUCACUUACCGAUGGACGGAAUACGCAUAGCUCUCAGCCUCGAACCGGAUCUCUUCACGAAGAGUUAGUCGAUCCUCAUCGGCCACCGAACGAUAUAAUAGAGACUCAAAAGGGGGAGAAGUUCGAUCGACGUACUGUUCUCACGUCGAGGCCUUGCUAUCGAUGCAUCUGCUAUAUGGAUUCGGUUGGGAUCAAGCGGGUUUAUUGGACGAAUGAGGGGGGGCAGUGGGAGGGUGCGAAGGUCCGAGACCUCGUGGAUGCAUUGGAGGGGUCGUCAAGUGAUAGCGGCGGUGUUUCUGGUGGUCCGACGGGCAACGGUGUCUUUGUGACCAAGCAUGAGGUGUUGAUGCUGCGGCGCUUGAUGGGAAAUAAAUCAUAGAUUGGAAGCGCUAUUCCAAACCGUACAUCGCAAAGUAGCCAAUUUCUUUUGCUUCUCGGAGAUCCUGGUCCAAAUUGUCGAGCGAGUGAAUCUUUUUUGUAUUCUUUCCAUUAACUUCUCCAUGUCUUGCAAAGCAGCCUUCACUCUUCUUAUCAAGCCGCCCUCAUUAUUAUUGGGAGUACUGGACAGCACUCACUUGCGUUUUAGGAAGGCAGCACAUAAGUUGCUUAAGAGCGCCGCAAUUUCAAGGGUAUAAUAUUCAAAACAUUGAACGCAUUUCAAGAAAUUGAGAAAUCCAAGGGCAGGUACCGGGCUGUGACAUAGCACACUCAACAAUCGCAAUUGCGCAGUGUGUUAAAGCUCACGCUACUCCAAACCGUACAUCGCAAAGUG